AUGGCUGCUGACGGGGUGGACGAGCGCUCCCCUCUGCUCUCCGCGCCCAGCUCCGGCAAUGUCACCCCCACCGCGCCGCCCUAUUUACCAGAGAGCAGCCCCAGAGCAGAACUCCCCCCUCCGUAUACCGCCAUAGCCAGUCCUGAUGCCAGUGGUGUUCCUGUAAUAAACUGCCGCGUGUGCCAAUCACUAAUCAGUUUGGAUGGCAAGCUUCACCAACAUGUCGUUAAGUGCACAGUUUGCAAUGAAGCUACGCCAAUCAAAAACCCUCCUUCAGGAAAGAAGUAUGUUAGAUGUCCAUGUAAUUGUCUUCUUAUCUGUAAGGAUACGUCUCGGCGAAUAGGAUGUCCGAGACCCAACUGUAGACGCAUCAUUAACCUUGGUCCAGUGAUGUUGAUUCCAGAAGAGCAGCCAGCUCAGCCUGCCUUGCCAGUUCAGCCAGAAGGUACUCGGGUGGUGUGCGGACACUGUGGAAAUACAUUCCUGUGGAUGGAACUGAGGUUUAACACUUUGGCAAAAUGCCCACACUGCAAAAAAAUUUCCUCUGUUGGAAGUGCACUCCCGCGAAGACGCUGCUGUGCAUACAUUACCAUUGGAAUGAUAUGCAUCUUCAUUGGAGUUGGAUUAACUGUUGGUACGCAAGAUUUUGCCAGGCAUUUCCAUGCAACAUAUGUUUCUUGGGCUAUUGCUUAUCUCUUAGGCUUGAUCUGCCUUAUUCGAGCCUGUUACUGGGGAGCCAUAAAAGUUAGUUAUCCAGAGCACAGUUUUGCAUAG